AUGUCUGCCAAAGACGCUCACGAGAAGAGUAGCAGCGAGGAGCUGAGCAAGACCAUGGAGCGCCAGACGUCCAAUGGCGCCGUCCUCAGCGGCGAGGUCGGUCACAUAGGCAGUGGUGAGAUGGGCGACAUCGAGAAGCACAAGACCGCCGCCGGAGCUGCCCACUUCAACCGCCUGGGCUGGAAGCGCCUCACUGUCGUCCUGAUCGUGGAAGCCAUCGCGCUCGGCAGCCUGAGUCUCCCGCGCGCCUUUGCCCAGCUCGGAAUGCUGGCAGGCGUCAUAUUGACUGUUGGCUUGGGCCUCGUAGCUAUCCAGUCGAGUGACGUCGUCGGUCAGGUCAAGCUGAAGUACCCCCACGUUAGCCACUACGCCGAUGCCGGCAGGCUUCUGUUCGGCCGCGUGGGAUACGAAGUCGUGGGCGUGAUGUUCAUUCUGCAACUCACCUUCCUCGUCGGCUCCCACGCGUUGACAGGCGCCAUAGCUUUUGGCAAUAUCACUGGAGGGGGCGUGUGCACAGUCAUCUGGGCUGUGGUGUCAUCCAUAAUCUUGCUGGCACUCGCCGUCCCGCCUUCGUUUGCUGAAGUCGCGAUUUUGGGCUAUGUGGACUUUGCCUCGAUUAUAUUGGCGAUCCUCAUCACCAUCAUCGCCACCGGCGUCCAGUCCUCCCAGUCGGUCGGCGGGCUGGCGGCCGUCGACUGGUCCAUGUGGCCUCAGCCGGACCUGACCUUCGCCCAGGGCUUCAACGCGGUGACCAAUAUCGUUUUCGCCUACAGCUUUGCCGUUUGCCAGUUCUCCUUCAUGGACGAGAUGCACACGCCCGCGGACUACAAGAAGUCGAUCUGGGCGCUCGGGCUCAUCGAGAUUGUCAUCUAUACCGUUACCGGAGCCACAGUAUAUGCAUUUGUCGGGUCCUCCGUGAAGUCGCCGGCCCUGCUUUCCGCCGGCCCUCUCCUGUCCAAGAUUGCCUUUGGUGUUGCCCUGCCGGUCAUCUUCAUCUCGGGUAGCAUCAACACGACAUGCUGCGCUCGGUAUAUCCAUGGCCGUUACUACAAGGACAGCGUGAUACGGUUCAUCAAUACGAAGAUGGGCUGGAUCACGUGGCUCACGCUGAUCACUAUCAUCACCAUCGUUGCGUUUGUUAUCGCCGAGGUGAUCCCUUUCUUUUCCGACCUCCUCUCGCUGUCGAGCUCCCUGUUCAUUUCGGGGUUCUCUUUCCAUCUUCCCGCAAUGAUGUUUUUCAAGCUCAUCAUGGAGGGCAAGUGGUAUGAGCGCAAGAACUGGGUUAAUGUCGGAAUGAAUACCGUUACGCUUGUGAUUGGUAUCUCUGUGUUUGGUAUUGGUACCUAUGCGGCCAUCCACGAUAUUGUUGAAAAAUUCACCACUGGAAAGUUGGGAGGCGUGUUUUCGUGUUCCCCUCCUCUGUAA